GCCGCUCGGCUCCUGGAACCUUCCCUAAGCCACCACUUCCGGUGGUUCCCAAUCCCAGGGCGGAGCGCCAGGCGCUCAUGGAGGCCUCCUAGGUUAAGGCGCCGGUCAUGGUGCGGCAGAACACAGACUCUCCUGUGCACGAGGUGGACACUGCCAUCUCCCUCGGAGGGUCUGAUGGGGUGGAUGCCCCGGAAGUUCUGCGCAUGCGGGGCACCGUUUCCGUGAACCCCCGGUGGGAGGGGGUUGGAUGAAGGGAUUGGAAAGGAGGAGCAGACCCCUGCCGAAAUGGCUGUGGCCAAAGAAGAAUUUCAGGGUGAAUGGACUGCUCCGGCUCCCGAACUGGCUCUUACUCAACCUGAGGGCCCAGAUGGGUGUGAGGGCAUGCAGGUGUCCUCUGCAUCUCUUCCAUGGUUCUCUGCUGGAGUGGAGGGACCAACCUGCCCGGGAACACUGGACCACAGCACCACCGUUCCAGCGACUGAAUGGAUGAGAAAUGGAAACAAAUGGAAACGUAGUAGAGGAUGGCCCUACCAAGUUGGAAUGAAAUCACAAAGGAUUCUCUUUGAACAUGGCAAGAGAGAAAAUUCAGAACAAUUACAGGGCGUGGUUCCUGGUUUCAGUGUCCUUCCCAUCUUCAUGGCAAGCUGA